AUGGAUAAUAACACUGAAGAUCAACCUAUAACGAUGGGUUUUGACCCGGAUGAUUAUGAAACAUCCGCAGAAAAAAGUUUAGCUAAGCAGCCGCCUUUUGCCACGACCCGGUAUUGUAAACCCAACUACGCAAUGGAUCUGGGUUCUUGGUAUACAGAUGAAGCCCAGCUGUUUUACAUCUCAGACUGUACAAAAAAGAAAGUCAUAGCUUCAAGCUACUUUCUAAGAAACAUGAAAGAAGCCAAAUUGUCCUUGGAACACUGUGUACUUGGGGUCCGCAGAUGCAAGCCAAUACUGAACAGUGUUGGCUUUUAUACUGCCAUUACCUCACUCAAUCUUUCUGACGCUUGUUUAACUGAUGAGUCGAUUCCAGACCUGUGCAACAUGUUCAAAGAAAACUCGGUUAUCACUGAACUGAUUCUAUCGGAUAAUCACAUUACAUCGAAACAUGCGGAGGCACUGUGUGACGUUCUCACAUCCAGCGCGCAGUUGGAAAGAGUAGACCUCCACGGCAAUCGCUUCGAUGAUAAAGCUAGCGUGUAUUUCUCCGAACUAAUGGCGACAUCGCUCAGAAUGUCAUAUCUGAAUCUGUCACGGAACGACUUCGGCGAAGCUGCUACUGUUCAGUUUGGUAGAGCAUUACCUCAGGCAACGAGCUUGGUGGAGCUAGACGUUGCUUGGAACAGGUUAGGCACCGGAGGAAUGAGACAGUUCGGGAAGGGACUUGCAGAAAACAAGUAUUUGAAAAUACUCAACCUAUCUUUCAAUGGAAUUGGACCGAGUAGGGGAUGCCGUGAGCUUGCAAUUGCAUUAAAGGGAAAUAAAACUUUGGAGUGUUUGAACCUCAGUGGGAACAGAAUAUCACCUGAAGGAGCUGUUCUCCUCAGCAGAGGGUUCUCAAACUCAACACUCCUCAUCCUUGACUUAACAAGAAACCCACUGCAAACGGCCGGCUGCUUUGCAAUCCUAACUGGAAUCCUCAAGAACACCAACAGUGCACUUCGUGAACUGAACCUUCAGGGAAUUAUAGUGAAUAAGGAUUUUCGUGAUCUGCAAGAUGCGGCACGAAUGAAACUGCCCAACUUGGUUGUUCGAGCCGGAGGAUCCGUCCCACUCUGCAAAGAAGCUGGCUUCGCAAACAAAUACCCGAGUACAAAACAGUUGCUUCAGAAGAUGGGAAGAAUAACAGGGCACACAUUGGCAGAUAUGCUUCGGCCAUUCGACCCAACUGGAGACAAGCUGGUCACACGACAAAAGUUCAUAGAAGUGCUUUACGUAAGUUCAACAAUUAUCUACGCAGCAUUAGCACAUAGUCGCGUCAAUUGUGGUUGAUAAGAAUGACAAAUUAUAAUGAUAUUUUCAGCGGUUCUUUCAGGAUGAAUAAGAGCGCUGAAAGGUUUCAUGGACUGUUCUAUCCUCUAUGCAUCUAUAGAGAACGGCACAUAAGGUGAUAUGCGAUGUGCUCCACCGAAAAUGUAUCGCUUCGUGCUAAUAUUUCCACACCCAUCCUGAGAUAGCACAAAUGCUCCGUAUGAUGGUUAGGAUUAUGCCCAUUUCGUAGCAAGGUAGCAUUCGUUAAUUGCAAACCGUUGGACCUAAGCGUCACCAUAGACUGUGACCAAGAAGUGAAGUGUAGCAUCCAUCUACCUGACUAGGGUACGCAACCAACUAGUCGGAAAAGUACGCAAUGUCAAGUAAAAACGUUAUGUCGAGUAGCGAAAAGUAAGUAGAUGCGAAUCCAAAAGGGCUCCGUUCGAAGGGUAAAGGUGGGUCCACAGAAUGCAACUGAUUAGUCAAAUUUGGUUUACACUGCUCGCACCGUUUUAAAUGGUACCGUC